CUCAGUCAGUGCCACACCGACUCACAAGUGCUGCCCGGCGGAUGUAUUCAUGCCUACACACACAUUUUCUAGCGUUAAUGAUAAACCCUGGAUUUUGGUGAUCGGUGCCAAAGACUGACGGCCCAGAGCAUAAUAUCCGGCUGUCGCUCCUCAGCAUCUCCCUUAGAGCUACAUCCCUCCACCUCUUCUCCACUCUCUGUCUGCAUCACCUCUUUCUGUUCCCACAAGGCUGUUUUCGCUCUCUCUUUCUCUCUCCACCCCCACCCCCCUCCCGACCCUCAGCCUCCCUGAUGCCGAAGAACAGCAAGGUGACGCAGCACGAGCAGACCAAUGAUCACGUCACAGAGUCGGUGGCUGACCUGCUCGCACAUGAGGAGCCGUUUGACUGCAAGAACAGCUCCCUGAACGUCGGAGAGGCCCCCGGCAAAAAGGUCCCACAGAUAGAGGUGCCUGAAAACGAUGGACGCCCCACCUGGAACAGCAAACUGCAGUACAUCCUGGCACAGGUGGGCUUCUCUGUGGGCCUGGGGAACGUGUGGCGCUUCCCUUACCUGUGCCAGAAGAAUGGAGGAGGUGCCUAUCUGGUUCCCUACUUCAUCCUCCUCCUCAUCAUCGGCAUCCCACUCUUCUUCUUGGAGCUGGCUGUGGGACAGAAGAUCCGACGUGGGAGCAUCGGGGUCUGGAACUACGUCUGUCCCAGUCUGGGCGGGAUAGGGAUGUCCAGUCUGAUGGUGUGUGGCUUCGUAGGUCUCUACUAUAAUGUGAUCAUCGGCUGGAGCAUCUUCUAUUUCUUCCAGUCUUUCCAGUAUCCUCUUCCGUGGAGCGAGUGUCCAAUCAGAAGGAAUGGGUCACUUGCCAUUGUGGAGCCAGAGUGUGAAAAAAGCUCGGCCACAACCUACUUCUGGUACCGUCAGACUCUGAACACCACCAGCACCAUCGCAGAUAGCGGCGGCCUCAACGUUAAAAUGACCCUGUCUCUGCUGGUGGCCUGGAUCAUCGUCUGCCUCGCCGUCAUCAAAGGCAUCGCCUCCUCAGGGAAGGUGAUGUACUUCAGCUCUCUGUUCCCCUACCUGGUGCUGUUCUGUUUCCUGAUCAGAGGUUUAAUGCUGAAGGGAUCAGUGGAUGGCAUUGCUCACAUGUUCACUCCCAAGUUGGAGAAGAUGCUGGAGCCCAAGGUGUGGAGAGAGGCAGCCACCCAGGUGUUCUUUGCCCUGGGUCUGGGGUUCGGAGGGGUCAUAGCCUUCUCCAGCUACAACAAGAUCGAUAACAACUGUCAUUUUGAUGCUGUGCUCGUCUCUUUCAUUAACUUCUUCACCUCCAUUCUGGCCACGCUGGUAGUGUUCGCCGUGCUCGGCUUCAAGGCAAACAUCAUGAAUGAAAAGUGCAUCGCAGAGAACACAGAGAAGAUCCUGGGAUACCUUAACUCUAGCGUCCUGAGCUACGAUCUCAUCCCUCCACACUUAAACUUCUCCCAACUCAGCACAUCAGACUACGCUGAGGUAUACAGGGUCAUCAAGACGGUGAAGGAGGACGGCUUCGCCCAGCUGGGUCUGGAUCCUUGUUUGCUGGAGGACGAGCUCAACAAGUCCGUCCAGGGCACCGGUUUGGCCUUCAUCGCCUUCACAGAGGCCAUGACUCACUUCCCAUGGUCUCCGUUCUGGUCGGUCAUGUUUUUCUUCAUGCUCAUCAACCUCGGCCUGGGCAGCAUGAUCGGCACCAUGACGGGCAUCACCACACCUGUCCUCGACACCUACAAGGUCAAUAGGGAGCUUUUCACAGUGUGUUGCUGCGUUGUGGCCUUCUUCUGUGGCCUGCUGUUCGUCCAACGCUCAGGGAACUACUAUGUCACCAUGUUUGAUGACUACUCUGCUGGACUACCUCUCACAGUGGUGGUCAUCCUGGAGAAUGUGUCUGUAGCUUGGAUUUAUGGCACAAAAAGGUUCAUGCAGGAUCUGGAGGACAUGUUGGGUUUCCGACCAUGUAUAAUCUAUUUCUAUCUGUGGAAGUACGUCUCCCCGAUCUGUCUCAUCUUGCUCAUCUCAGCCACCGUCAUCGAGAUGGCCAUCAUCCCCCCAGGAUACAACGCCUGGGUCCAAGAGCUGGCUGAGGAACGCUUCCAGAGCUAUCCUCCCUGGGCUCUGACCAUGUGCUUCUCUCUCAUCGUCGUGGCCAUGCUGCCGCUCCCUAUUGUCUUCAUCGCCAGACGCUUCAACCUCAUGUCAGACGGCUCCAACAAACUGUCUGUCUCCUACCGUAAAAGCAUGAUGAAGGACAUCUCCAACCUGGAGGAGCAGGACGAGUCCAGGUUUAUUCUUGGUGCCAAACCGGGCGAGGCGCCACCUACAGCUCCGGCAGGCCGGCCCUACCUGACCCCAGCAGGGAACAAAACCCUAGACCCCAACUUGCUGUCUCCAAACAUCUGCUACGGUACGAGCUACCAGAACCCAGCCGUCAGCCCCACCACACCGACUACUCCGAUCACACCCGCCACGCCAGAGUCUGACUCUUGACUCGUCUGACGCCCAGUCCUCGCACAGUUUACCCUCCAGCCAUAAAGUCUCCAUGGGGGUCACUGCCAAGCAUCCCCACCACUGCCCUACUGACGCCAUAAAACUGUAUGUAGCCGCCCAAUUCAUCUGAACACAUGCUUCCCAAAUAACACCGAGAUCAACCUGCAGCAGGAGAAAAAAAAACAACUCUUGCCAGUAGAUCACACACUGAAAUCAAGCUGUGCUUAAGAAAAGGUUCUGAGAUCUGCUUUUCUUUGCCUUAGUAUAAGGAUCCUCAGCAGUCAAAGCCCCCCCCCACAACACACACACACAUACACACAGUUUAACGUACAUCCCUGUUUGCACAGCGCAGGGACCUGUAAGAAUGAAUGUAGUGGAGCCGGUUUGGUCCUGCUGCUUUGCACUGGCAAAGAGAGCAAAGAUUAUUGUGAGUUUAAUUAUUUUGAGGUUUAAAGCCUCUCUUGGUCAUACUGUGUGUCUAAGCCACUCAGUCGAAGAGUUAGGAAAGUUAUUUUCUAUGAAAUCUUAUGCAGAGAUCCCAGUGAGUACAUACUGUGGGCUGGGCAAUGUCGAGAAACAAAAAAAUUGACCAAAUAGCUUGAUUUUGCAAUAUUGUAGGUCUAGGUUAGGGUUAGGGUAAUUAUGUUAUAUAAAAUGACUGCUACAACACACAAAUACAUCACUUCCCUUUAGGGUGACCAGAUGUCCCAUAUUUGAUUGGCAAUGUUUUCAAAAGUUAAACCACUUCAGGACAGAUGCUUUCCUAAAAUUGGGCUUUCAUCCAGUGUCUGUGAAGAAAGCAAGGAAAGCCAUUAUCAUUUGAUGUCAAUCAAACUGCGUACAUGUCAAGUGCAAAAAAAGAUUGCACAUUUCAAGACAUCAUUUAGUCGAAUACCACCAUAUCGAUAUAACAUAUUGCCCAGCCCUAACAGUGUGGCUACACACUGUUCUGAUGUAGCUUGAAAACCCUUCUCUUGUUGGUCUGUUUUCGCAGGGCUCUAUGUUUAAGGCUGCUAUAAAGAUAUCUAUGUAUGUUUCAUUCCCAUUCCCUUCUGUUUUUUGUGUGUAGCCAGUAUUGUUCAUUCUGUAAACAGUGGUAUGCAGUAGAGUAAUAUGAUAUGGAUAAUAAUGAUGUCCCAUUGUCCGUAACACAUACACGAUAAAUUGUGAAAGUCACUCAUUUCAGUUUCUCCACCAAAGAGUUACAAUUAAAAAACAAAACACUUGAAAUAUAAUUCAUGUAACAGAAUAACAGAAAGGAAAUGCUGAAGUGAGGUGUGCUGAAAGUACAACAGAGACCUGGUUUUAAACUCAUGAUACUUGAACAUAUUCUGCAGUGACAGAAAGCACAGUUUGUUGAUGUGAAUUUGAUACAAAUGUUAAUCCCUCGCUGAUGCAGUUCUGACAUUCUUGCUUCAAAAGCACAAAAAAGAUUUACACUUACACAAGUAAAUUAAUAACACUAAUCGUUGACGUAUUAUUUGAACGAUUAAUGCACACUUAAAAUUAAAACAAUAGCUGCCGUUGAAUGUGUACCAUACAAUGAGAAGCAAUAUAUAUUUCUGUUGGAGCACAAACUGAGGUCAAUAUGGACCGAAAACACAAUGAAAAGGACAGAAAAAUCAGGAAUGGACCGAAAAUGUUAAAGAAAGUCAAAUCAAAAUAAUGGAAUAUUAAACACAAACUUAGUAUUAACCUAUGUAAUCUAGGACCUGAUAUGCACAAGUCAAAACACACAUAUGCUCAAAUGCACAAGUUUUCUGUAUAUUUGUGGAAAAAUAAAGCUUGUGAAGUGUCAUUGAAACAGAUAGAUAUUUCCGUGUGAUGAAGAUCUAAGACACUGAACCCAUGCACACUGGUACUGAAUAGACCUGAGCACAUUCUCUUUCCUGUUACAUGGAAGAGGAUAUACCUUUAUUUAUUUUGUUAUCACAAUAUUCAAAGCCAUGGCGCAAGGAAUUAAAUGGACUAUAUUUAUAUUACUGUAAAUUUGCAUUGUGUGUAGGUGUGACGAACAACAAAGAUUUAUCUUUUAAAAGUGACCAGUAUAUAUGUAUAUAUAAAUAUAAUGUAUAUUUUGUCUUCUUCUUUUAUGAUGCUUAUUUCAAUUGUAUAUGUAAAGACAUAUCUAUUGUAGUUUUUGUAGCUACUCCUUGUUGUGGGGUUUUAAAAGCGGCUGGGAGGUGGAGGUGAUGUCAGGUUUAGUGUAAACAGCAGCUGGAUCUCUGUUGUGUUCGUCUGGCUCCACCUGCUGUCAGCUGACGUCCACUCCCCGGUCCCCACUUUAUAGAGUCACUGCUCUGCUUGUUUUGAGCCACACUAGCAUCAGCUGUCUUGGGGUUGUCCUUGACUAAAAAUCUUUGUUUUCAGCUUGAAGAAAAGCCACAAAAGAAUUCUAGGCUUAAUCGACUAAAACAAUCUGAAACGACUACCACCAAAAUGACAAUUAGUAAACAAAUCUACUUUCCACAGCAGCUUAUAGCCGGUCUUUUCUCUUUUACAACACAUCAAGUUCAUUACUGGAUAUCUCUCAAAAGAAAUCCAGUCCGUCUCUUAAACUUUGUAUGCAAUAACAUGGCCUCCAAAAUACAAUUAAAACAACUUUUAAUAAUAUAUAUUAUCAUAGAUUGGUCACUUUAUUCACUUCGAAGAGCAGCACUGUCUUACAGGACUGAUAUUGUGGUUCUAAACAUCCCGUUUUCUUUCCUGUUUUGUCUUAGUCUGUGUGAUUCAGCCACUGCUGCGUGCGUCAUAUAGAGAUCCCUCUGUUGUUCAAGUCAGUAAAUAAAAUUAUAACCAAAAGAUUCUGAUGAUAGAUUUUACCCAUGUGAAUUAUAUAUAUAUAUAUAUAUAUAUGUCUUAAUAGGUAACUGUUUUAGCAAUAAAUGCAACAUAAAGUAAUGAUGAAUGUGAUUAAUGCACUUUUUUCACUAGGACUGCAAAAAAGUUUGUGAAAUUUGUUUUGUUGUCCUCGUAGUGUAAAAGCAAUAUCCAGAUAUUAAAAUGGAGAAUAAUUUAAGAUUGACACAUCGUGUGAGUUAGCGAUGAUUAGGAACUGCCCUCUUACAGCCAAAGGGAAGUUAACUCUUCCUUACAAGAGCUGGUGUGUGUGUGUGUGUGUGUGUGUGUGUGUGUGUUUCCUUCUUCUUACCUGUGUGUGCAGGGCCUUAUUGAGCACAUGUUUUAAGCACUGUCUGUACAGGAGAAACCUUAUAGAUGUCCCUUGACAGCUCCUCUCUCCCUUUCCUCAGUCAUAUAAUGAUUGUAUGAUACUGACAACUAUUGUAAAAAGAAAAAAAUGUGAACAUCACCAACAAUAUGAAUAAAUAAAG